AUGUCCACUAUCUCUGCAUCCAACAUUCAAAUUCCCACUUCGUUUCCUCACUCUCUGCUAGAUGCCAAUGGCUCAAACUACACCUCGUGGGUGAUGGCUAUGGACCUUCGGCUUUCACUCUUCAAUCUCUGGCGCCUCCUUACUGGUGAUGAAAAGGGCCCUCAGCACCCAAGUAAAAGUCCCACUGAGUCUGACAACGACUUUAAUAAAUGCCUCACAACCCACGAUGCAAGUGUGGACAUCGUUUCAUUCCAGGAAUGCCAGAGUAUAACCAAAGGAUUACUCAGCAUGGCGGUCCAUUCAAGUGACCUGAUUCACUUUACAGGUGCCACUGACCCAGCCACUAUCUGGAAGGCACUGGAGGACAAAUAUCAGGUGUCUGUCAGCAUCCACUUUAUGAGCCUUAUGGGCCAUGUUUUUGAUCUUCAUCAGCAAAUCACUUUGCCUCUGUGGGCUCUGUACAGCUCUGUACAGAAGGGACCAAGCUGUGGCCAGCCAUUUUUUGGUGCUUCCGACAGUGACUCUCUUACCAACACUAUUAAGGAGAUAACAGAUAUCAAAGCUCAGUUCAAGGUUAUCAAGUCUGUGGAGUGGAAGUGCAAUGAAUAUACACUCGUCCAAGCAUUAUUGCGUGCCCUCCCUGACUUCUAUGUGCUGCUCUCCCAGCUUAUACCACAUACUUCAGUCAUUUCCUUACAUAGAACCCCUGCCCUGGAUGUGCCAAAAGGUUGUAGAAUCAUGGCUAGCCAGUCCUCGGCCAGUGCAUGUAGAACAAGUGCUGGCUGGUGUACUAUCUGA